GUCCAAUUGAUAAUAAUUAAGAAAAUGUAAUAAUUGCUUUGCAACAAAGAUUUCUUUGAGUGAUAAAUUUAGAAUAAUGAGCUUUGAAAUAUAUAUAAAAGGUUGUUAUUAUUUUAAUUUGUUUGAUAAUUUAUAAAAGAUUUAAAUAAAAAAUAGUCGAUAUUCGUGUAUUUAAAGAUUAAUGAAUAUUUUAGAUAAAGUUAUUUCAAAAUUGUUAAAACCUAAAAAUAAAACUUUAUCGAAAGAUUGCGAGAUUUCUGAUUUAAUGCAUUUUAAUGAAAAAAGUCCAGAGAUAAAUAUAAAGCAUACAAAAUAUAUGAGAUUUAUAGAAAAUAAAAAAAAUAUUUUUAUGCUCACUUUAGAUACUUUAAUAAAUAUAAAUUUUCCUUUAAAGGGAAUUAACCCUUCAAACCACUUGUAUAAAAGUAUGUGAUCUGUAUAUAUGAAAUAAUCAGGAAUUAUGAUAGAGCUUUAUCUCAUAAAAGAUAGACAUAUAUAAUUUAGUUUAUAUAUAUAUAUAUGUAUCUCUGUGUGUGUGUGUGUGUGUGUAUGUUUAAUAUGUUUUAAUUAUAUAGUUUUGAUAGUUUGCUUUAAUAGUUUGACUUUAUCUGGUUUUGAUGUUUUAAGGCCUAUUUCUUCUUGAUUUUCAACUGUUUCAUUUGGGUUUGGAAUGCUAUUAGAUAUACUUAAAGGA